AAAAGAGAUUCGAAUUAUUUAAAAUAUGGAUAGUUUUUUUGGAUAUAAAGAAAUACAAGCAUUACGAAACCUAAUAUCCCCAUCAGAAGACGACUCGGAUUCUGAAGAAUUGUAUCAAAAUGAAGUAAAGAGAAAAGGUCCAGGCGAUAUAGAAGUUCAGAAAGAUGUACCUCUUAAUAAUUUAAAGCCACACACUCCUCUUAAAGAAAAAGAUGACAUUUGGCAUUCAUCGGAAAUACACACUCUUCCUAUUUCUGAAAUAAAUGAUCCAAGAAAAGUACCAGAAUAUGAAAUCAAAUUUAAACAAUCAGUGAAAACAGAAGAUAUUUUUUUAAAUAUGGGUUUUAAAACACCUGGCACUGCAUCUUGCGAAUGGAUUUCCGUGUUAAUAAAACUUCCUCAAGAAGUUCAAGAGAAAAUUGAAUUGUCCGUUGAACCAAAGAUAGUUGAUGUGCGUAGUCCUAAAUACCGAUUGCAUCUUCCAACACCUCACGAAGUAAAUCCUAAUGCAUCACAUGCAAAAUGGCAUAACGAUACGGACACAUUAGAACUCACUUUACAACUCGUACGAGAAUUAGAUGACAUAAACUUUUAACAAGUACAUCAACACAAAAAACAUUUAAUUUGGAUUAAAUAUUAGUAGAAUACAAUAGGUGGAAAAAAAGAG